ACAAUAUGUAAUAAGCUGUGUGGUUAAUGGCGAGAAUGGCUAAUGUGCUCCGUUCUUGGUGGGGUUUAUGUUUAUUUUUAAGCGCACAACGAUACGAUGUGUGAAUGUCUGCUAUGUGAUGUGAGAAUUUUUUAUAUCUUUUGCAAAGAAAUUUGCGAUAUUAAUAUACCUGCUACUCUGAUGCAGAUGUAUUGCUCGGCAACAAUUGCCGAACUGUGUAUGUAGGAAUGCAAAAUUCGAAAUGUUCGACCAUUUGCAUGCUUGGGCCUUGGGUUUGGCUGAAUAGUCGUAGAUACCGCAGUCGUUGUUGCAGCCACGAGUUUUACAGCAGCAGAAUAAUAUUUUUGGUGUGAGGGUUGUAUUAACUUGAUUAAAUUGCGAAAAUUGCAUUGAUAUAAGAUGAAUGUGGAAAAAUUGAGGCGACUGCAAUCACAAGUGCGGAUAGGAGGUAAGGGUACAGCUCGUCGUAAGAAGAAGGUUAUGCACCAGACUGCCACUACGGAUGAUAAAAAGUUGCAGAGUUCUUUAAAAAAGUUAUCCGUUAGUACCAUACCGGGGAUUGAGGAAGUGAACAUAAUCAAAGACGAUCUAACCGUUAUUCAUUUUAAUAACCCAAAAGCGCAAGCAUCUCUCUCUGCAAAUACCUUUGCUGUUACCGGACAUGGAGAGACAAAGAAAAUUGUAGAAAUGUUGCCGGAGAUAUUGCCACAGCUGGGUCAAGAGACGGUGGUGCAGCUGCGCAUGUUCGCUAAUUCAAUGACGGGUGCAAAGAAAUCGGCGGGAACUAUGGGCGGUAGUGAUGCGACUGCGAGUACAAAUAUGCUUUAUAGCGUUGUAGAGGAAGAUGAUGUACCGAUGUUGGUGAGUGACUUCGAUGAGGUGGCUAAAAUAGAGGCAAUGAAAGUGGGAGAGCAAACAAAUACUACUAACGAACAACCGGCACUUGAAAAAACCGAGACCAAAGGAGAAUCGACAGCAGUGUUGUCACCCUUAUCGGAAGCUAAGAGUAAUGCAAUGGGAAACAAUGUACAACCGUUGGAAAGUUUAAAUUUAAAUGUAAAAUCAAGCGAAAAGUCGGAAAUACACAACGAAAAUGAAAAUAAUUUAAAAAACCAGGAAAUAAAUACAGAAAAAGAAAACUUAAAUAGAACUGAUCAGCCAGAUGUUAAAUCAACAAAUGAUGUAGAAAAAACAAAAGAGGCGCAGAAGAAGAAUGACAAUAAAUCACAACAAAAACAGGAACCGUCCAGACAAAAAUCGAGGCCUGAAGGUAAGAGUCAAAAACCCUCGAAAGAUAAUAAGAAACCUGAUAUUAUUGCUUCGAAAACUACAACUUUAAAAUCAGACGACAACAGAGAAAUUGACAAAUCCAGUAAAGAUGAUGUUGUAAAUGAUGUCAUCGAGUCGGUAAAGUCAGUACAAAUAAUUGAAAAAUCAAAAAAUUUAAAAGAUAAUAAGGAUAAUCAGCAGACAAAACAAUUACAGCAAAAAUCAGCGAAGCAAGAACUACCAGCUACGCCAAAGGGGAAAGAAAAACAACAAGGACCAUUUGUCGAUAAUCAAGAGAAGAAGACUAAGCAAGACUUAAACCCACAGCAAAAACAAGUAGGUCUAAAAGAAAACGAAGACAAAAAGAUUGCAAAACAAGAUGAAAGUCAACAAACGAAAACGUCUUUAGAUUCAAUAGAACUAGUAAAGAUUGAGCAACAUCCAGACGAUCAGAAGCAGACACAAAAACUUCCCCAGCAACAACAUCAACAGAAUGAGUCGCCAAUAAAACAAAAAAAUAAACAGCCACAGCAAAAACCACAAAAUCAAGACAACCAGAAAAAAACGGAUGCUGAGAAAGGAUUGAAAAAAGCAGAACCUCUGCCGAAAUCAGGUAAGCAGGACGGAAAACAAAUAUUAAAAUCGUCAAAAGAAAGGCCCACUGACAAUAAUACUGAAACAAAAAAGACAAGCAAUGAAAAACAAUCUGAAGGCGCUAAACGAAAUCUAAAAGAAACGUCACCGAAUCAAAAACAAGCAAAGGAAGUUUUGGCAGAUGUUGGAAAAGAAUCUAAAAAAGACGAACCUCCUCCAGAAUCAGCUAAGCAAGACGGGACUCAGCAACAGCAAUCUGAUUCUCUAGCUAAAGAUAAUGAAGAGCGGAAGCCUCUCAAAAGUCAGCAUGAAAUUGUAAAAGAAGAGGUAGAUAAGCAAAAACCAGAAACUCAAGUUGAAAAAACCAACAAAGAUAAUGUAGGCAUUAUCGAAACCGGAAAGCGAGCUGAAACGGAUACACAUCUAGCAGACGUAUCCAUAAAAACUGUUGCUUUACAAUCAUUAGAAUCUAGCGAGAAAAUGAUGCAGAUAGUUAAUGAAAUUACCAAAGAUCUUCUGAUAGAAAAUUUAAACAACCUGCCAGAGAAAAUUAUUAAAGAAGACUCCCUACCUGACCUUCCAUCUGACCAACAGGAGGCGGUAGAAAAAGCAUUUAAAUCGGUGCUAACUGAGGAACUACGAGCUACAAACAGAUCUGUUGAAGAAACACAAGAGAGAGAGUUAAAUAACGACAACAUAAAAUCCAAAAGUCCAUUGUCUAAAACAAGCUUGGAAGUUGGUCAAGAUCUUGGUAUUAAUGUAGAUUCAUUAAACAAAGAUUCAGACGAGAAGGGUGUUAUUAUUGGUAAAGAACAAUUAUCGAGUGUUGUUAAGGAGAUUGUUGCAGACAGUCCAUCAAUCAUGGAUACAAUUCUUCCGAAAGUAAACGAAAACAAUGAAAAAUGUAUGGCAUUAGUGGAACAGAUCCCUAAUGCGCAGAUACUUCAAUCACAACAUAUAGCUACGCCAGAGGGCGACACUUUUGGUGAAAAAUUGGCGAAACAGCCUUCAUUGGCUGAGAUAGUACAGUCACUGCCACCGGCAAUACCUUUGCCCACGUCGCAAAUACCUGCCAAUAAUAAUAAUAGGAUCGAUGAUGCGAAUAAUGACAAAUUAAUUGCUGUAGAUUCGGCAAACAAACAGCCAUCAAUGGCCGAAAUACUACAGUCGCAACUCCCAACAAUACUACCGGCUGCAGCUUUACCCUCACCAAACAAUACCAUAACUGGCGAAAUGAAGGAUAUUCAUAUAUCACAGAUAUUGAAUAGAGAAGAUGUAAAAGAAUUACAAUUAGAUUCAAACGCUACUGUUAAAGAGGAGAAGUCGUGCCAACCGCAAGACCAAGAAUCCAUUACCCCCGAACUAUCAACAUCAUCCAUUGGCGAUGUAUCAGCACAGCGUCAAAUUUCUGACGAAAAACCGGCGCCCAUAUCAAUAAGCUCCAAACCAAAGACAUCACCACCAAAACAGACCACAAACAUUAAGAACUCGAACGAGACUACGAAACAACAGUCAAAGCCAUCUACAGCAAGCGAUGCUAAAUUAAAAUUGGUAACGAAGCCGCAACCGGGGCAACAGCUUCAACAACAACAAACAUCGAAAGUUAAAUCAAAGCCAGCGAAUAACAAUAAAUCUACACCAACGACCCCAACAACCCCAAACACUCCGUCGAAGAUAUCACCCGAAAAAGGAGCAAUAGACAACCAGAAAUCAAUAAUUCCCGCUACAAAGGCGGCUCCGGAUUCAGCAGCAAAAAAGGCAAACUCACCGCAAAAACAACAACGAACAGAUACAGCAGCAAAAUCUAAGUCAACAGCGGUAGCAAGUACAAAACCUGCCCGCCCUAAUACUGGUACUACCGGCACUUCUAAGAAGGCAAACACACCGCCAGCAGCAAGUAAAACAAAUGCAAACACUGGUGGAAAACAGCAGGAAAUUAACGUGAAAGGUACGGCGGCCGGUACGCAAACAAAAUCAACAACGCCGCCAAUCUCGUCACCAACAAUAGAAAAUACUGCUACAUUGAACAAACCAUCCGUUUCGAAAUAAUAAAACUUCUCCCCCAAUAUGAUGAGAAGUUUUAGCUGAGUUUAAUUAUGUUGCAUUGUUCUUACUUUCAUUCAUGCUUUUAUGAAUUACUCUCAAUGAAUAUUUUAACUUGCUAUUGCAUUUGCAUUUUGUUAAUUUCUAUUUGUUCAAAGAUCGUCUGAUGGUUCAUUCAUGAUCAUUAGUUUUUUUUAUUCAUUCUUAAAAAGUCUUUUAACAUAUUAUACUAACCUGCUCUCAUUGACGCCUUUACAUCAUAUAUACAAUAUUCAUACUAAUAUGUUCAUGCUAAUACAUUUUUCACAACUAACACCGUUUUAAAGUUAGCGUUUCUUAAAAUAAAAACAAGAAAAUGUUUCAGUGGAUAUACAAUGCAAGAAGGAAGCAUAUAGUUUUCAAAUAGAUGCCUCAUUUAUUUGAUAUUUGGACAUCGGUUUAGAUUUAUUCUUGGUUGUUUAUAGUUUGCUUAGUUUUAAGUGUUGUAAAGAACCAAAGUGUAAUCCUAAAUUCAUAAAUAAAAAUAAAUUGUAUUACUGAAACUAA